CUCAUACAAUUAACAUCAAAUGUUGCAAGAUACUCACCCUUUUACAAAAGUCGAAAACAAGGAUUAUACUGAAUUAAUCGAAGAGUUAAACCAAAUGGUUAUCAAGGAUGACCCGGAAGACCUACUGCAGUAUUGUGCUACCUUCUUUUUAAAUAAACUACAGCAUGAACGCGCAGAGACUCGUCAUUAUGAUGAACAUCCACUCGGUAACGGUGGGAACGGUGGGUUUGGUUAUUCCGUGGAUACCAGUGGUAUGAACUCGGUGGAAGAAGAAGAGGAGGAAGAACGAGACACGGUGGAUGAAAUGCCUUCCAUAUCUGGUCCUCCACCCAGUAGUCGGGGAAGACGUACAUCAGUCAGUGCAGAGUCUUUACAGCCCUCUCGACCCAGUCAAGAACAUAUCAAAGUCUAUAUUCCCAAAAACCUGGAACAAAGUCUCCACAUUCGUGCCGCCAUUGAGAAUAAUUUCUUGUUCAAGAAUCUCGAUGAAGAGCAAUAUACCGAUGUCGUAAACGCCAUGGUGGAAAAACAAGUACCCGUCAAUACACAUGUCAUUGAGCAAGGCGGCGUGGGUGACUACUUUUAUAUUGUCGAAUCCGGUCAAUUGGAUUGCUUCAUCGAUGGCGUCAAGGUCACUUCAUACGGCCCAGGUGGGAGUUUUGGCGAAUUAGCCUUAAUGUACAAUGCGCCACGUGCAGCCACUCUCAUCGCCGUCACAGACUGUGUUUUAUAUGCUCUUGAUCGUGUUACCUUUCGCUCCAUUUUAAUGGAAAAUACCGCUCGUAAAAGACGCAUGUACGAACAAUUCUUAGAAGAGGUGCCAAUCUUUAAAUCUUUGGAAGUCCAUGAACGUCACAAAAUUGCCGAUGCACUUGAGCCUUUAAAAUUCAGUGAUAAUGAAGUCAUUCUUCGUCAAGGUGAUAUUGGUGAUAACUUUUAUUUGGUUGAAAGCGGCGAAGCCGUCUGUUACAAGCAGUUGCCCGAUGGCACUCAGAAGAAAGUCAUGGUUGUCAAAAAAGGCGGCUACUUUGGAGAACUGGCCUUGCUCAAUGAUGAACCACGUGCCGCUACUGUGGUUGCCCAUGGAAGACUUAAAUGUGCCACACUGGGAAGAAAAGCAUUCAUUCGACUUUUAGGUCCUGUCAUGGAUAUUCUGAAACGCAAUUCUGAAAAUUAUCAUGCUGUGCUUUUACAAGCUAAUCCCGCAUAAAAAAUUGUACAAUAAAUCAUUAAUUAUUCCUGAGUAACAUUA